AUGCAGGCCACUCAAAAGGUCUCGCUGCCUUGCGAGUCAGCAGAAAUGGAUCUAACAGCAGAAUCGUGCGGGAUCGGCGUCCGCCUCAAGUACAACGAGGAUGGCGUCCUGGAUGGGCCUGCAGCGAAGGCGGGAGUACAGGCGGGGGACAAGUUGUUGAAAGUUCAAGAAAGAGAUGCUAAGCAAGCAACAGGGCACGGGCAUGUGGAGGCGAGUGCUGACGGUAUUUCCACCGAGGAAUAUCUCCAAUCCACCACGACCGUCGUAGAAAGCAUGCGAAAAAAAAUCCACGAGCUGAAAAGGGAUCUUCAAGACACGAACAUUGCCCUCCUGGAAAGUCAGGAACGAGAAAAGCUUCAUAUAGAAAAGCUUCAGCAGUCAAGAGCUCAGCAUGAUUGUGAAACGUUCGGGCUGAAGAACGCUGUAGAGGAGCUGGAGAUGAGAUUGAGAGAGUCUAAGAUCAAGAUAACUGCACUCGAGUCGCAGCUCUUCAAGGAUUCUAAGGACCAUGCUGUUGAAAUCUACGAAAAAGACAUUCAAAUAGGAAACUUGCUUCGACAGAAUGAAAGCCUUCAGUCAGAGCAAAUUACAGAGCUGAAGUUUGAAAAGGAAAAAGCAAGACAAGCUGAAAGAGAUUGCAUCAAGAAUGCCAUUGCACUCAAAGAGCUUGGAGCUCGAGAGGAGCAAGAUGAGCUCAGGAUCAAGUCCAAGUACAUGUGUCUCGCUCUUUGCGAUAUAUCUCAUGAGCUCUGUCAGCUCAUAACAACAACACUUCCCUUCUCCGCGCAACCCUCAGCCCUAUUGAGAGUGCUGAAAAGGACAAGUCGUCGAUACAGUUGCCUCAUCCUCACGCGUUGGAGGCAUCGCGGAGUAACACCUGAACGAUCAGAUGAGGAAGUGGAACUGCAGAAGAAAUCAGAGGCGCUUGAGAAGCAGAACUCCACACUAGCAAAACACAUUGCCAUUUGCGCAUUGGAGCGUCGGCAACUUGAGAUCGCGGUGGAAGAGCAGACGAAGCGAAAGUCUCCGCUUGGACUCCUUACAGAGGCUCUCAGCUCUUUUGGGAUUUGA